AUGAAAAAGAUCAACCGAAACAAACCUUCAAGGAAUCAAAAUCCUCCAUAUAAAGAUUCAGAUGCUAAAAGGCAACAUGAUUUAUAUCGUGAUGAUGAUAAUGAACCAACAUCAUGUCGUUCACAUUAUCAAAGUCAAACGCUGCGACGAGGAGGUCGGGCUCGUUUUGGUCGUCGUGGUAGUGAUCGACAUCAACAAAAUUAUGAUGAAAGAAAUGAUUAUUGUCGACGAGCUCUACCAAAUUAUAAAUCCCCACGUGAUUAUGAUCAAUAUGAAAAUAAUGAACAAACAGCUCCACCUCUUCGUAAUCAACAACGACAACAACAACAAUCAUCAUCAGCAUCUGAACAAACACUUCAUCGUGAAAGAAAUUUUACAAAUAGUCAAUAUCAACAACGUAGUACACCGAAAAAUAAUAAUGAUCAAGAUGAUCAAAGACGAUCAGGUGGAUAA